GCGUACAAGCGUCUCUCUUCCUUCUUCAUGCAGUCACUGCCACGUUAGUUGCGGCAGACCCAAAACAGACAACACUAACAUAUCUGAAGCGAUUUGACGCAAAAAAACGAUAUAUAUUUGUAUACCAGGGAAUUGCAUUGUGGAGUUGUCGCCGUUUGAAGAUGUUAAAAGUAUUGCUGUUUUGUGCAUUUGCCGUGGCCAUCAGCGCUGAGAUUGCCGAAGAAGAUGAUGUCCUGGUACUUAAGAAAAGCAACUUUGAGGAAGCCCUGAAAGCGCACCCCAACAUCCUCGUAGAGUUCUAUGCCCCAUGGUGUGGGCACUGCAAGGCUCUGGCCCCAGAGUAUGCCAAGGCUGCAGGACAACUGAAGGCAGAGGGCUCUGAACUCAAGCUGGGCAAAGUCGAUGCCACUGAGGAGAGCGAUCUGGCUCAGGAGUUCAAAGUCCAGGGAUAUCCCACCAUCAAGUUCUUUAAGAAUGGAGAUAAGUCUGCCCCUAAAGAAUACUCGGCUGGCAGACAAGCCGAUGAUUUCAUUAACUGGCUGAAGAAGCGCACAGGUCCAGCCGCCACCACCCUCACAGAGGCCAGCGCGGCCGAACAGCUUAUUGAGGGCAGCGAGGUCGUUGUCAUCGGCUUUUUCAAGGAUGUUGAGUCCACCGAUGCCCAGGCCUUUGUAAAUGCAGCAGAGUCUAUAGAUGACGUCCCCUUUGCAAUCACCUCUUCUGACGACGUCUUCUCCAAGUAUGAGGUGACCAAGGACAGCGUCGUCCUCUUCAAGAAGUUCGAUGAAGGCCGCAACACAUUUGAAGGAGAGGCUACCAAGGAAAACCUGCUUGCUUUCGUCAAGGCCAACCAGCUGCCCCUUGUCAUUGAAUUCACUGAACAGACUGCCCCCAAAAUUUUCGGUGGAGAAAUCAAAUCCCACAUCCUCAUGUUCCUGCCCAAGAGCUCCUCAGACUUCCAGGACAAAUUGGACCAAUUCAAGAAAGCUUCUGAGAACUUCAAGGGCAAGAUCCUCUUCAUCUUUAUCGACAGUGAAUCUGAGGAUAACCAGAGGAUCCUGGAGUUCUUUGGCCUGAAGAAGGAAGAGUGCCCAGCCGUGAGACUCAUCACCCUGGAAGAUGAGAUGACCAAGUACAAGCCAGAGAAUGAGGAGAUCACCACCGACAACAUCAAGGCCUUCUGUACCAAGUUCAUUGAGGGAAAACUCAAGCCCCAUCUGAUGAGCCAGGACAUUCCUGAAGAUUGGGACAAGAACCCAGUCAAGGUUCUGGUUGGCAAGAAUUUUGAGGAGGUUGCCUUUGAUGCCAAAAAGAAUGUAUUUGUUGAAUUUUAUGCUCCUUGGUGCGGCCAUUGCAAACAGCUCGCUCCUAUCUGGGACAAACUGGGAGAGCAAUUCAAGGAAGCUGAGGACAUUGUCAUUGCCAAGAUGGACUCCACUGCCAACGAGAUUGAAACCGUGAAGGUCCACAGCUUCCCCACUCUCAAAUUUUUCCCUGCUGGAGGUGACAGAAAGGUCGUUGACUACAGUGGCGAGAGAACACUGGAAGCUUUCGCAAAAUUCCUGGAGAGCGGUGGAAAGGAAGGGGCUGGCACAGAGGAGGAACAGGAUUUGGAAGAUCUAGAUGAUGAAUCUCCAGAGGGAGCGGAGGAUGGCAACGACGAUGUGGACCAUGACGAGUUGUAAACAGGAACACCGACACAUCGCAAAAACACUAAACUUUGGUUUUUGUAUAAAAUGUAAAAGAUUAUUGCAGGAAAAGAUUGAUGGCAAAUACAAAACAAAGUCAAAUGCCUUAAUCCAGGGAUUUAUCAGAGCCACUCAUUCAGCAAUGUUUAUAUCAAGUUCUGGAUUUGAUUUGUAUCUUUGGGGGGAGGGGGGGGAGGUUCUCAAAGUGGUUCAUUUGGACUUUUUUGUGUGGUGUUUUUAUUUUUUGUUUUCCCCCCCCAAAAAAAUCUUGUUUAACAAUGUUUGCUGCCCUGCUUUUUUUUAAGCUUUUUUUUUUUUUUUUUUUUUUUU